AAAAAACAGUGGGUUAGAUUUACCCAUUGUGGUGCUGUAGCCUGCUGAUGUAUUUAGCCACGAGAGUUAUGGUAUGUCUUUUGAGCGCUCGAUUUAACCGUAGCUUCAAAUGAACGCCGAGGAGAGUUUAACCUAUGCAGGGAUACCUCAGAAGGAAAUGGAUGGUUCUGAGCCUGCAGAGAGCUCUGACUGUGGACAUGGAAGGGGCUGCUGGACAGCCUGUGCCAGGCUUCGCAGCUACAAGCUGAAGGGCGUCUUCACAUGGCGUCUGCUGAAGACCAUCGCCAUGGGUCAGGCCCUGUCCAUGCUGAUUUGCGGUACGGCGGUCAGCUGCCAGUACCUAGCGGAAGCGGGUGUGGAGACGCCCAUGUUCCAGAGCUUCCUCAACUACGUCCUGCUGCUGCUCACCUACACUGCCUCGCUCAGCCUCAGAAAAGGUGAUGGGAAUAUAUUACAGAUUUUAAAAACAAAAUGGUGGCGGUAUUUACUUAUGGGACUGACGGACGUGGAGGCAAACUACACAGUGGUGAAGGCAUACCAGUUUACAACGUUGACCAGCAUACAGCUGCUGGACUGCUUUGUGAUCCCGGUGCUGAUGGUGCUCUCCUGGUUCUUCCUGAAGACGCGCUAUCGCCUGGUGCACUUUGUGGCUGUGGCCGUUUGUCUGCUGGGGGUGGGUGCCAUGGUUGGGGCCGACCUACUGGCUGGGAGAGACCAGGGAUCCACCAGUGAUGUGUUGCUGGGGGACGGUCUGGUGCUGGUGAGUGCUGCACUGUAUGCAGUGUCGAAUGUUUGUCAGGAGUACACGGUGAAGAACCUGAGCCGUGGGGAGUUCCUGGGUAUGAUGGGCCUGUUCGGCACCCUGAUCAGCGGCAUACAGCUAGCCAUAUUGGAAACCAGUGCAGUAGCAGCUAUUAAAUGGAACUGGAAAAUUAUUGUACUGUUUGCGGCCUACGCCUUCUGCAUGUAUGCCCUGUACAGUUUCAUGCCCCUGGUAAUCAAGAUGACCAGUGCCACUGCAGUGAAUCUCUCCCUGCUCACCGCUGACCUCUUCAGCCUCUUCUGUGGCAUCUUCCUCUUCUACUUUGUUUUCUCAGGCCUSUACAUUGUGUCGUUUGUGGUGAUCACCGUGGGCUUCGUCAUGUUCAACGCUGUGCCCACCUACACGCCCGUUCCCGAGUCGGACUCCGCCGGCGAGGAGGAGGACGGAGUUUGACGACCCUGCUGCCUUUUGAGGGAGAAAAAGACCACCCAAAAGACCCCCAGAAAGGAGAGCCCACCACAGACCUGCUCCAAGCGGGAGCAGAGGGGAGGGGAGGGGGGUCCAAGGAAGAGGGGACAGAGACGAGCAACAGGCGUGCAGUGACAUACGUUACAGAAGAACACAGCACGAAGAUGUAGCCAACUAGAUUAUGAUUAAGUUGGUCUUUCAACAACUGUACAUAGAUGGUAUGGUUUUCUGUAGUUGGAUAGGUGUAUAGAUGUCUAGGUGCGCCAGACUGCAUGGUACAAAUCGAGCUACGCGCUACUAUGUACCCAACAAUAUGGCUCAUUAGUUUGCUUUAUUAGACAAGCUACUAUGCAACCUCACAAUAUUUUUCUGCUAUUGGGUUGACAAUCUAUAUAUUUUAUCAAAGGCUUACAUUGUGUUCUGCCUCCUUUUUAAACUAAUCAGUGUGUUGAUUACUAUAUUUCUUCCCCAUGAGGACAAUGUAUUUGCAAAGCACAUUCGAAAAGACAGUUCCUCCAAACAAUAUUUAUUUGUGUGAUUCCAGGUUGCUAUAGUAGCCUACUAAUACACAGUUGUCAAUMUAGUUUUUUUGUUCUUUUGUUGCAGCAGGUCUUCUGAAAACGAAUAGGUAGAUGAAACAUUUUGUGGUAUUUGUGUCUGCCGAAAAUAUGCCUUUGCCAAAGUGUUUUUGUAAAUUGAUGAUAAAGUUUUAUAUUCUCUUGUUUCUGGC